AUGUCUCUUGAUUUCAAGAGCAGCCUGAAUAUCACACAUAUUGGCACCGUCACUGCCAUUUUCGAAAUCGACGGGGUCAAUCUACUCACAGACCCGUUUUUCUCCCCCGCCGGCACUGAGUGGGAUGUAAGUGUCGUGGUCAUAAAAAACUCCGACACCCCAGCUCUCGGGCUGCAUGACCUCCCGCCAAUCGAAGGUGUGUUCCUCAGCCAUGAAGACCACCCGGACAAUCUCGACGAGCUGGGCCGCCGCCUACUCGACGGCCGCAAGGUCAUCACAACCAUGGAUGGCACCAAGCAGCUGCACCCGCGGCCCGGCGUCCGCGGCAUCCGUCCCUGGGAAACAGUGCUGCUCGAAGUAGGCGGGAAGGGGGAGUGCACAGGGUUUAUUCUGACGGCACCCGAGUUCGGGAGCACGGACGGGUUGCCGAAUGCCAUCUAUUUCUCCGGAGACACCGUCUACAUCGAGGAGCUGGCCGAGAUGUGCAACAAGUUCCACAUCGUCGUCGCCGUGCUUAACCUCGGUGCCGCCAAGGCGCCGCUCCCGGAUGGCCCGCUGCAGAUCACCAUGGACGGCAAGCAGGCUGCUCGGCUGUUUCGCGAGAUAAAGGCAGAUAUCUUGGUGCCCAUGCACUAUGAGUCAUGGAACCAUUUCACGCAGUUUGGGAAGGAGCUAGCUAAGGUCUUUGAGGAGGAGGGUAUCCAGGACAAGGUUUGCUGGCUCACGCCCGGUGUGUCGAAGAAAGUCAUAUGAUUUCAGGCUGGUCGUUUCAGUCAUUUUCCGAAAUUCAAUUGGGAAGAUGAAGUUCCAAGGAUAAUUAAAUUUCUUGUAGUCAGUUUCGAUGGAUUUAUAAACUAUCGCCUUGCUCAAUAUACCUCGACACGCCUUAUGCUGAGACGUAGUAGAGCCCCCAAAUAUGUUGAUAAACGAAUCUUCAUUCUCGAGCCGAUCUACGCAUCCUCUGACUUCAUUUCUCAUUGAUUCGCUCGUUUGCAACUUCCUCAGUUUUGGUGAGCACGGCAAACUCUUACUUUUAUGUGCAUAACUG